UCUUACGACAUCUGUUUGAUUGAUAUCUGUCAGGUAAAAGGCACAUUUUAUGUAUAGUAUUAAAAAAAAUACAUCUUACAUCUUACAUCACCUUUCUUUAACACCUAACACAGGUUUCGGACAUCUCAAAUCGAUUUUGACUAUAUUAUUUCCUCAUAUGACGCGGGGGAACUUUGAACAGGUUCUUAAUGUUUCAUAACUCCACCUCCGCAGCCCUUUAAAUGCUUCUGAGUCUGGAGUAUCUGCUGUAAACCACACCAAACGUCCAAACUAAAGUGUCAACAACAGUCUGUAUGAUGAAAUAGGGGUUUAACUGCUUCCACAAAACCCUUACAAGGAUGUCUAAUUUUGACGAACUUCUCCAACACGCUGGUGAUUUUGGGUUUUACCAGAAGAGAAUCUCUCUCUUAGGGUCUUUGCCUAUUUUGCUACUCGCAUUUGUGCUAAUAGGAGUUGUAUUCCUGGGUUAUUCGCCGGAUCACUGGUGUAAAACCGCGGGUCUUCAAGACAAGUGUGGUUUCUCUGAGGAGCAAGUGCGGGACCUGACAGUUCCCCGCACUGGUUCCCGUGGCGCGUUUAGUAACUGCGUAAAGUUUGACUCGCUUUGGAACGGGAGCGCACUCACCUGUAAUAUCUCCAUCGACCGGUCCAUUUUCACCAACAGCACAAAUCUAUCCUCCUGUACUGAAGGCUGGGUCUUUAAUGAGAACCGGACCACUAUUGUAACAGAGUUUUCAUUGGUUUGUGAAGACUCUUGGCUCGCAGACCUGAACCAGGUAUCCUUAGCUGGUGGGUUUUUUAUAGGUGCUCUCGUGACCGGAUACUUAGCUGACAGGUUUGGGAGAAAAUCUUGUUUUAUUGUCUCAAUAUUUGGCCUUGGAGUUUCUGGGGUAUGCAUUAUUUUUUCAUCUUAUUAUCCCCUGCUCUUGUUCUUUCGAUGUUUGCAAGGCUUUUUUGCCAAAGGAGCAUGGACCGCCACAUAUGUGUUAGUUAUCGAAUUCUUUGGAUCAAACAACAGGAAAUUUGUCUCCGUUAUGUCCCGUACGCUGUACUCGUUGGGUUUGGUGCUCCUUCCUGCUCUGGCGUAUUAUAUUCCUUCGUGGAAAAACCUACAGCUGGCAAUGACUCUACCAACAUUCAUCUUUCUGAUCUAUCACUGGGUUAUUCCAGAGUCUCCCAGAUGGUUGCUGUCACAGAGGAAGACAAAAGAAGCUGUAAAAAUUGUUGAGAGCAUCGCCAAAUGCAAUAAAAGAUCACUUCCUGAAGACUUUCAAGAGAUGGAUCUUCUGAUAGAAAAACAAGAGGAAAUCACCCGCCCUUCAUAUAAAGAUUUAUUUAAGACUCCUAAAAUGAGAAAGCACACCCUCAUCUUGAUAUAUGCAUGGUUUACCGGUGCAGUGGUGUUCCAGGGUUUGGUGUUACGUUUGGGAAUCACUGGAGAUAAUGUUUUCCUAGAUUUUCUCAUCUCAGCUGUGGUGGAGCUUCCAACUGGAAUUAUAUUUUAUUUCUUAGUCGACCGAAUUGGCAGACGCCCUCUCAUGGCAACAGUCAAUUUCAUUGGAGGGGCCGCUUGUUUAGCUGUGCCGUUUAUUCCACCGAAUGUUUCAUGGCUCAAAAGAACCAUUGCUAUAAUCGGCAGACUGGCGGUUGCUAUUGGGAAUGAGACUGUGAAUUUUGCCAAUACAGAACUGUAUCCAACACCGCUCAGAAACUUAGGUGUAUCUGUGUGCUCUUCAGCCAGUGACAUUGGGGCAGUUGUUGCUCCGUUUAUUCUGUACAGAUUAGCUAGUAUUUGGCAAGAGCUUCCGCUCUUCGUCUAUGGUGCCAUGUCUGUUCUGUACAGUGGACUAGUGAUGCUUCUACCGGAAAUGAGAGGUGUUGAUCUGCCAGAAACUGUGGAUGAUGUGGAAAACAUGAGAAGCAGGCGCAAACACAAGGAAAAAGACGGGGCUCAGUUUCCUGAAAUAAACAUUGUUUCAAUGAAAGCAGCUGAGAAAACAUCCUAGAAAUUAUUUCAUUUGCAAACAAUAAAUGUAAUUGUAAAAUGUGUGGUUGAUAGCAUGUCCAGUACAGUAAUAGUACCAUAAUAUCACAUAUGCAGUAUGCAUACAAAAGAAAAACUGAAAAUUUAGGUUUGUCCAGAUGCUUUUAGACAACAGAUUUUUAAAUAUGCCAUAUUCCUACACUUUUAA